GCUGGAGUUUCUCCGGCUUUCCCGGCGGAGCCUCCCCGACGUGAUCGCUCCUUACGGGGCUCCCUCCGCCCGGCCGGCCGGCCGCCCGCUCCUACGGGCGCCUCUGGGGUACUUUUUGGAGAGGUCGUGCGUCUUGGCGCACGUCGGAAGCGCCGCGGCCGCUUUCCGUUCCACCGAUCGGGAGCGGGGUUGGAUUUGCGCCGGCGCUGCUCUUCCCGGGCGCCGGAUUUGGGGAGGGUCUCUCGCACAGAGUGCCCGCCCCGCGCCCCGCAACAAUUUGGCAGAUUUUGGAACGCGCGACGUGGCUGGCCACCAGACGUUGCCCCGCUGCUAGACACGUGUGCCUGGGAUUUCAGACAGUUUUGCCUGCAGCUUUCCUCGCCUCGCCUCCUGCUAUGGAAAAAGGAGGACGCGGGGCAACUUGGGGGACUGGAUAGGGGCGGGGAGAGCUUUAGACGGCGGCGCGCUUCGGAAGACCGCCAGCGUCUCCAACCCUGCGCUGAGCAGCCCAGAAGCCAAGGCGAGGGGCUCUGAACCGCGCUCUCCUCCUUCUCCAUCGCCUCCUCGUAUUUUCAUCGCCCCCCUCCAAGAUGGCAGCUAUCCAAGCCCUCCAGCAGUGGUGCAAGCAACAGUGCCAAGGAUACCGGGACGUCAGCAUCACCAACAUGACCACUUCUUUCCGGGACGGUUUGGCCUUCUGUGCCAUCCUUCAUCGCCACAGGCCGGAUCUCGUAAACUUCGAUGCUCUGAGCAAAGAAAAUAUCUACGAAAACAACCAGUUGGCUUUCAAAGUGGCCGAAAUGGAACUGGGAAUCCCGGCCUUGUUGGACGCUGAGGACAUGGUCGCUCUCAAAGUCCCCGACAGACUCAGCAUCCUCACCUACGUCUCCCAGUAUUAUAACUAUUUCCACGGACGGUCGCCAAUUGGAGGAAUGUCUGGCAUAAAACGCUCUUCUUCUGCACCCAGCGAGGAGCCGAAGGGGAAGAAGGUUGUUUCUGAACCGGUGGCCCCCAGCAAGCCCCCGCGAGUCCUGCCGCCAUCCGAACCCAAGGCUGUUCCAGCCUCUCGCAGUCUGGCGAAGGAGAACUCACUGGUGGCAGCGAGACGUGUCUUAGCAGAGAGAAGCAACAUGCGAAGCAGCAACUGUGCCACCUGCGGAAACCACGUCCACCUGGUACAGCGCCUCCUGGUGGAAGGGAAGCUUUAUCACAGGAACUGCUUCAGGUGCAAAGAGUGCUCUAGCACCCUGCAGUCGGGAAACUACAAAGCUGGGAGCCAUGCCGGCACUUUUGUCUGUACCCGGCACGAGCAACCGACGCCUCUCCGGGAUUCCUUGUCCUCCGGUGCGAGGGGUUUCCCCAGCGAGGAUAAACCUCCCGCUCCUGCCUCUGCUGCACAGAACUACUUGAAGGGACUCGAAUCCAAGACGCCGUCCGUGAAAAUGAGCAGUGCCGUUAAAUCAGCAGCUUCUGAGCCACCUGGGAAUUACAAAGGCAGCUCUGCGUCCGCAAGCUCAAGUUCGCAUUGGUCAGACCUUACCGGGAACAAACCGGAUUCUCUAACCGUCUCCAGCACUUCUCCUUCCCCACCGCGCUGGACACCAUCGUCCGCCAAAACACAGCAGGCUCGGGAGAAAUUUUUCCAGGCCGGAUCCGGGGUCUCGGGACUUCCUCCGAGCAAAGCAGAGCCGGUUAAAAACCAAGGCUCUCUUCUGAACCCUCCUCGGGUCUCCGGGAGAGCAUCCUUUUCUGGCACCCACACAUCAGGGACCGGUCCGGAUGUUGGUGAGAAGGACAGAGCACGGAACGUCCUGAUGCAGGCUUUGCCGGGGCUCCAGCCUUCCUCCAACAGGACUAGUGGCUUUGGCAGCGAUUCGCCCAGCUCAACUGCAUCCAGCAUCAGCAAGCCAUCUCCAGCCACCUCUGGCAUACAGCAUAUCGAGACGAAAAGCAUCUCGGACUGGAAGCCUUCCAGGCCUGUCAGCAUGCCAGCUGCCACGGAAGAUCCACGGAAAGGACCCUGGGCGCUUUCACCCGCCCUUGAACGUUCGCCCAAGGAUCUGGGUGGCAAAGCGGGCAUCGGGGUGGCCCCCCAGAGCAGGCUCAAGGAUCAGCCCCCCAGCAGACCUGCAGCUGACUCUGGGCAUAAACUGGACGUUAAGGUCUUCAAAGCGGGAGCUGCAAGCGUUGCGGAAGAGAAAUCAGAAAUGCCAGCGGACUGGAGAUCUCUGCUGAAGCCGGUGGCAAACAGAGUCCCUGGCCACGGUGACCCCAGAACCACUCACAAGCCUGCAGAUGUUCACAAGGCAGCUGUUGACAUAACUCCGAGUCCGGGGCAGAAAGACGAAAAACCAGCUCAUUCAACAACCUCCCCGUCGAAUCAGGAAACUGCUUCAUCAGCUGAUCAGCAGCCAAAGAAAAAACUGCUGGUGCCUCCUGUGGAUAUUUCCAGUGGCUGGAGGUCACCCAAGCAGCAGUGGGAGGAUAUUGCCACAACCAAAAAGGCCGAGGGGCUGAGCCCCUCCAGGAAGGCUGUUGCGCCUGUGAGGCCGUCUCCUCCUAGAGUCCUCCAGAAGUCUCUGACUGGUCAAGCGCUGUCUCCUUCAAAGCGCCACCCAGACUAUAUCCCUGAGGAGAAAAUCCAGAAGGAAGUCCGGCAGAUCGAGAAGGAUUUGGACAAGCUGGAGCUCAAAGGGGUGGAGAUGGAGAAGCAGCUGAGGAACUGUGAGGGAGAUGAGAGCGAGGAUGCCUUGAUGGUGGAAUGGUUCAAGCUGAUCCACGAGAAGCAGCUGCUACUGCGGCGGGAGUCUGAGCUGAUGCACAAGAUGAACCAACAGAAGCUGGAGGAAAAGCAGUGGGACAUUGAGAGCGAGCUAAGGAGCCUCAUGAGCAAAUCUGAGUUCUCGAAGACGCCCAGGGAGAAGGCCCGCGAGGAGGAGCUGCUGGCGUUGUAUGUGGCCACGGUCAAUGACCGGAAUAAAAUCGUGGAGGACCUGGAUGAAGACCGACUAAGGGAAAUUGAAGAAGAUGAAGUGAUAGCGGCCAUGAUCCAGAAGCUUGAUGUGCCCCGUAACACCCAGGAAAGUGAAAAGAAGAAAACGAAAUUCGGCUUAUUCCAUAUGUUGAAGAUAAAGAACUAGGGGGAAGAGUGAAGUAUCUUUGGAGAGAUGGAGAGUCCUUUUUUCUGUCGGUGAUGGAGUAGCCAUUCCGUUUCUGUUUUCUGCUUUCGGAGAGCAAAGGCCAUUUGGCCGAAAAAAGAAAAGAAAAAAGAAAAGAGGAAGCUGAAGAAUCGAACAAGGGGUUUAUUCAAAACCUAAAAAAUGGACAGUCAGGGAUGGCGUGUCCCUGGUCCAGAUCCGCAAACUGAACAGGCCUUGAAAGCCAACUUGAUGGACUCAUUGGCAUCAUUUGGAGAGCAAAUGUGAUCAUUGGCUGGUGUUUCUCUGUACACUAGUCUGUCUGGAGAAUCCUAGUCUAGCCUAGAGCAAUUCAGGAACUCUGUUUAGGACCAGUUUCUCCCUCCUCUGCUACCAAGAGAGUACAGUGGUGCCUUGGUUCUCAAUCUUAAUCCGUUCCGGAAGUCCGUUCCAAAACCAAAGCAUUCCAAAACCAAGGCGCACUUUCCCAAAGAAAGUAAUGCAGAACGGAUUAAUCCGUUCCAGACUUUUAAAAACAACCCCUAAACCAGCAAUUUAACAUGAAUUUUACUAUCUAACGAGACUGUUGAUUCAUAAAAUGAAAGCAAUAAACAAUGUAUUGCAGUCACACAAUCAAUCAAUCAAUCAGUAGCUGAACUGGGUUCCACACAGUCACAAAACAGAAAAGCCGCAAAAACAAAAACCCAAAUAAAUAGCAAAAACAGACAGACCUCAGUGCGCCACUCAAAAUGGAAGCGUGGCGCUCAAUUUGGAAUCGUAACACUCAAAAUGGAGCACAUUCAGCUUCCAAACUAAGUUUGCAAACUGGAGCACUUACUUCUGGGUUUGCAGUGUUUGAGUUCCAAGUUGUUUGUGUACCAAGGCAUUUGAGAACCAAGGUACCACUGUAAUUGGGCAUGGAUGCAGAGCUGCCAGAAGCCUUAUGGCUCCCCCAAAGAAUUCUGGGAAGUGUAGUUUGUUAAGGGUGCCAAAGGCUCUUAGGAGGCCCCUAUUCCCCUCACAGGACUACAAUCAACAGGAUUGCAAAACCACUCUGAGCCAGGUUCACACCACACAUUAAAGCACUAUCUUACCUCUUUAAACAGCCGUGGCUUCCCCUGAAGGAUUAUGGGAGCUGUGGGUUUGUUGAGGGGUGCUGAGAGUUCUUAGGACCCCUCCCCCGCCCGCUACAUUUCCCAGAGUGGUUCAACAACGGUCACCAUACAUUUAAAACACUGUCAUAGACCCUUAAAUUUUUAAGCUUCCCACAAAGGAAUCUGGGCAUUGUAGUUUGUUCAGGAUGCUGGGAGCCCUUCCCAGAACUACAGUUCCAAGACUUCCCCGGGAAGAGGGAGACACUCUGGGAAUUGUAGCUCUGGGAGUGGCAGUGCCACAUUUAUGUAUAAGCUAAACAAGCUAUAGCUUAGGGCCCGCCACUCUCUUGGGCCCCCCCAAAAAAUUAAAGGAAAAAAAAACCCUGGGUGUACAUUUCCAAAAUAUAAGAUAAAAAACAAAUAAAAUAAAACCUACAUACAGUAACAGUGUUUUGUGUUGUGUAGGCUCCUAUGAUGUAAGUCAUGGGCCCCGCCUGCUAGCCUGCUCCCACAAAUAUCACUGGUUUGCUCCUUUCUAUAUAUAGGGUGCCUACAUUCUGCAUGGACCGGUUGCAUGGCAACCUGGGUAAAUGGCUUGAGAUACCUAUUAAAGGUAAAAGUAUCCCUGACCGUUAGGUCCAGUCAUGGAUGACUCUGAGGUUGUGCGCUCAUCUUACUCUAUAGGCCAAGGGAGCUGGCGUUUGCCCGCAGUUUUUCCGGGUCAUGUGGCCAGCAUGACUAAGCCGCUUCUGGAGAACCAGAGCAGCUCACGGAAACGCCGUUUACCUUCCCACCGGAGCGGUACCUAUUUAUCUACUUGCACUUGACGUGCUUUCGAACUGCUAGGUUGGCAGGAGCUGGGACCGAGCAACGGGAGCUCACCCUGUCGCGGGGAUUCGAACUGCCGACCUUCUGAUGGGCAAGCCCUAGGCUCUGUGGUUUAGACCACAGCGCCAUCUGUGUCCCAUAACAUACCUAUUAGGUCCAUAAAUUACCCUAUAGCAUAUAUUCAAGACAAAAAACAGUGAUGAUUUGUUGUUGACAAAGGACAGCUGGACAUAUAAAAGGCCCCAUUACCUUCAGUAGCUUAGGGCCACAUCAAACCUAAAUCUGGCCCUGGGGAGGGGAAUAGAAGCCUCUUGACAACUCUUGGCACCUGCAGCAAACCACACAUUUCCCA